AUGGACCGCGUCCCCUUCACAGUGCCUUAUUCCAGGCCCCAUUCCCACUCUUCAAGGUCACGUGAAGGCUCCCUAUAUAACCUUCAGAUCAGACAGAAAGCCAUCAGUUGUUUUCCAGAUUCCAGGAUGAGUCGCAAGUCCCAAGCCACCGCCCAAAGGUCCUUCAAGUGCCAAGUGUGCGCGGCAAAGUGUUCGGCCAACAGGGUCAUCUGUUCAUUCACAAGAAUGUCCACGCGGAGGCAGAGGCUGGCUGCCCUCAAGAGGUGUCGGCGGAGGGAGGCGUUGGAGCGAGGGUCCUCCGCUGAGGCCAAGGAGGCGCCCUCAGUGCAAGGUCUGCGGAUUACAGUUCAGGCGGAUUUUCCAGCUGAUGGAACACCUGAAGGCCCAGCAUAUUCGGAAGGCUCGACAAAUAGGACGCGUGAUCAGACAGAAAGUCAUCAGUUGUUUCCCAGAUUCCAGGAUGAGUCGCAAGUCCCAAGCCACCGCCCAAAGCUCCUUCAAGUGCCAAGUGUGCGGCAAAGUGUUCGGCCAACAGGGUCAUCUGUUCAUUCACAAGAAUGUCCACGCGGGGUGAGGCCCUUCGGAUGCGACACCUGCGGCAGGCGCUUCAGUCAGAAGGGAAACCUCCUUCGCCACUCGCUCUUGCACACUAACGAGAAGCCCUUCGGAUGCGGCGUCUGCAGGAAGUUCUUCGUGCAAAAGGCUCACUUGGUGAAACACGUGGUGUUGGAGCGAGGGUCCUCCGCUGAGGCCAAGGAGGGCGCCCUCAGGUGCAAGGUCUGCGGAUUACAGUUCAGGCGGAUUUUCCAGCUGAUGGAACACCUGAAGGUCCAGCAUAUUCUCGGAAGGCUCAACAAAUAG